CUCCAACUCCACUCCUGUCUCCUUAGUCCUUUCACAGAAUGACGGCUGGACUCAAAAACAACAUGAUAACAGCUGCUGGCUGCUGCUAUCGAUUAUUGAUAAAUACAACAAAAUAAUAAUAAAAGUGUAAACAGUUUAAAUAAAAAAAGGAAUAAUUUUGUUAAAAAGUAUUCGCUAUUGUGUUUUUGUAAGGUAUCAUCAUGAUGAUACGGUUCUAAUAUAAAAUAAUAUUGUUAUAUUUAUGUAGCAGCAGUCAAUGUUGGAGUCGGUCGAAGAACAAAUUGAUUCAUAUGUUUUUUUCCUUUUUACGUUAUGGGAUUUCGAUUUCUGAAUGGAUACUUUUAACUGGUAUGUAGAGAGUUCAUCGUCAUUACAUCAAGUAAAAUCCUUGGGUUUAUGCGAUUUGUCAAAUGUACAACUAAGGUUCCUGUGUCCACAAGAUAUAAAUGAGGUAAAUGCAUUAUGUGUGGAUUGUUUUCCCGUAGAGUAUCCGAGAUCUUGGUACGAAGACAUUACUUCUAAUCCAAAGUUUUAUUCAUUGGCUGCUAUUCACAAAUCGGCUAUAAUCGGUAUUAUAGUAGCAGAAAUCAAGCUGUACAUAAAAUUAUCACCAAAAGAAAGAGAAGUAGUAUCGCCUUCAGCUGGAAAAUUCACUCAAGUUGGAUAUAUUUUAAGUCUAGGAGUAAAUAAAUCGUAUAGGCGCAAUGGAAUCGCUUCAUUGUUGUUGGACAGUUUGGUGUCGCACCUUAUGUCGCCAGAAUCUCAAAAUUGUAAAGCAAUUUUCCUGCACGUGCUCUCUAGUAAUUCGUCCGCGAUUUCCUUCUACGAGAGAAAACAUUUUAGGUUACAUUCGUUUCAUCCAUAUUAUUACAUGAUAAACGGAAUAAACAAAGAUGGGUUUGCAUAUGUGCUGUACAUAAACGGAGGCCACCAACAGUGGAUGAUAUUUGACGUCUUAAAGUACAUCUACACGACUGUUUGCGAACUAAGCGUUGUAAGAUGGACAUUAAGUAAAGCUCGGAAAGCUGCUCGACGUUAUUGGCCGAGACUCAGACGUAUAGCAUCUCAGAAUACUAGCACAAUUAUGAUCGACUGUAGCUGAAAAACGUACGCUGAAGAGACGUGUACUUUUAUAUAAUAUUACCACAACUGCCAACAUUAUAUUUACACGAUAUUGAUUCUCUUCUUGCAAAUCUAUUAAAACCACGUUAUUGUCUUCUUAUAAUUUAUUACAUAAUAUUUAACUGUUAUCUUCAAGUUAGUGUUAACGAUUAACUUAAUAUAUAUAUAUAUAUAUAUUUCAAAUGGAUUAAUUAUAUCUAUUACGAUUGGGCAAUUUUCUUUAAAUGUCUUGCCAACGACUAUUCAAACAAUUGUAGAAACUAACGCAAAUUUGUUUUGUUAUGUAAUGUUAUUUUUGGUUUUGGUCGGAGCUUUAGCAAUAUUAUAAUACUAGUUUAAAAAUGUACAUAUUUAUUUAAAAAUGUUUGUAUGUAUAUGUUAUUAUUUAUCAAAUUCUGGGUCCAUUGGAAAAAGUGUCAAACUAUCUACUAUAUCUACGGAAGACUAAUCUUUACUAUUUUUGUAUAACAUAAACAAUAUUACAAAUUAUUCUUAAUAAUUAAAAGAUUACAUUAUAUAGUAAUUAUUUUUUAGUAUAAAACUAUGAAUAGCAUUAUAUUAAAAAUAUUAAAUUGAUUUAUUGUCAAUUUGUAAAAUUAUUUUUCUAACGUUGAACAAAUUGUUCUUUUGUUUUUCAUUAAGACCGUUUUCUAGUCAGAUUUUUAUUUUAAUAAUAUUUGAAGUUAAUCUCUAAUUUUUUUUUAUAAUGUUAUUUCUAUCAACAGCCAUUUUGUUCUUUUGUUGUUAUUUUUUUUUGACAAAACAUUAACUCAAGUGUAUGUUUUAUUACGAACACUAAACGAAUAAAGUAUUAAACUAAAGAUCUUUAUUUCCCAAAAUAAAAAUAUAUUAACUUGUGUAUUCGAUUAUUUGUUUUAUAUUUUAUUUAUGUUUAUUUAUAGUUUAAUGUUAUUAUUUUGAUAUACAUUUAAAAACCAUUUAUUAUAAUAAUUAUUGUU